AGCCCGGAAAGCUCCGAGGAGGAGCCUGGCGCCGCCAUUUUCCUGCAGCCGCCUGUGCCUCUCGCCCUGCCGGGCUCCAGCUGACCAGGGGAGGGCUGGGCUGAAACUGAGGCGGGGGCCGGCGGAGUAGACGACGCCGCGCCUGACCCCGCGGCGGACCGGAGCCGGCUCUUUCCGGUCCGGGUGGCGGCGCGCGGCCCUGAGCCCCGCCCCGGGCCGGCAGGCGGAGGAGGAGGGGGGCCGGUGCGGGGUUAAGGGGGUGCGGCGGGGGCGGGGGGCGGCGGGGGACCCUCCGGCGCUUGGGGGUGUCAGUUCCCCGCCGGCUGUUGAGCGGGAGGGCUGGCGGAGGAGCCGCAGAGAUGUCCGGCCAGAGCCUGACGGACCGGAUCACCGCCGCCCAGCACAGUGUCACCGGCUCCGCCGUGUCCAAGACAGUAUGCAAGGCCACGACCCACGAGAUCAUGGGGCCCAAGAAGAAGCACCUGGACUACUUAAUUCAGUGCACAAAUGAGAUGAAUGUGAACAUCCCGCAGUUAGCAGACAGUUUAUUUGAAAGAACUACUAACAGUAGUUGGGUGGUGGUCUUCAAAUCUCUCAUUACAACUCAUCAUUUGAUGGUGUAUGGAAAUGAGCGUUUCAUUCAGUAUUUGGCUUCAAGAAACACGUUGUUUAACUUAAGCAAUUUUUUGGAUAAAAGUGGAUUGCAAGGAUAUGACAUGUCUACAUUUAUUAGGAGGUAUAGUAGGUAUCUAAAUGAAAAAGCAGUUUCAUACAGACAAGUUGCAUUUGAUUUCACAAAAGUGAAACGAGGGGCUGAUGGAGUUAUGAGAACCAUGAACACAGAAAAACUCCUAAAAACUGUACCAAUUAUUCAGAAUCAAAUGGAUGCCCUUCUUGAUUUUAAUGUUAAUAGCAACGAACUUACAAAUGGGGUAAUAAAUGCUGCCUUCAUGCUCCUUUUCAAAGAUGCCAUUAGACUGUUUGCAGCAUACAAUGAAGGAAUUAUUAACCUGUUGGAAAAAUAUUUUGAUAUGAAAAAGAACCAGUGCAAAGAAGGUCUUGACAUCUAUAAGAAGUUCCUGACUAGGAUGACUAGAAUCUCAGAGUUUCUCAAAGUUGCAGAGCAAGUUGGAAUUGACAGAGGUGAUAUACCAGAUCUUUCGCAGGCCCCCAGUAGUCUUCUUGAUGCUUUGGAACAACAUUUAGCUUCCUUGGAAGGAAAGAAAAUCAAAGAUUCUACAGCUGCAAGCAGGGCAACAACACUUUCCAACGCAGUCUCUUCCCUGGCAAGCACUGGCCUGUCUCUUACCAAAGUGGAUGAAAGGGAAAAGCAGGCAGCAUUAGAGGAAGAACAGGCUCGUUUAAAAGCUUUAAAGGUUCCUUAUGGUAGUGCCGUUUCUCAACAGGAGCAGCGCCUAAAAGAACUUGCAAAGAAACCUCAUACCUCUUUAACAACUGCAGCCUCUCCUGUGUCCACCUCAGCAGGGAGUGUAAUGACUGCACCAGCCAUUGACAUAUUUUCUACCCCUAGUUCUUCUAACAGCACAUCAAAGCUACCAAAUGAUCUGCUUGAUUUGCAGCAGCCAACUUUUCACCCACCUGUACUUUCAAUGUCAACUGCUUCUCAGGUAGCAAGUACAUGGGGAGAUCCUUUCUCUGCUACUGUAGAUGCUGUUGAUGAUGCCAUUCCAAGCUUAAAUCCUUUCCUCACAAAAAGUAGUGGUGAUGUUCACCUUCCUAUUUCUUCAGAUGUAUCCACUUUUACUACUAGGACACCUACUCAUGAAAUGUUUGUUGAUACUUUUUGUGGCACUCAAGCUUAUCGUAAUACUACCUUUAUGUGCCAUGAGCCUUCUACUGUAGCUGGUUUAUUUGGAGGGUUCACUCCUUCUCCAGUUGCACAGCCACAUCCUUCAGCUGGCCUUAAUGUUGACUUUGAAUCUGUGUUUGGAAAUAAAUCUACCAACAUUACUGUAGAUUCUGGGGGCUUUGAUGAACUAGGUGGACUUCUCAAACCAACAGUGGCCUCUCAGAACCAGAGUCUUCCCGUUGCCAAACUCCCACCUAACAAGUUAGUAUCUGAUGACUUGGAUUCAUCCUUAGCCAACCUCGUGGGCAAUCUUGGCAUUGGAAAUGGAACCACUAAGAAUGAUGUAAAUUGGAGUCAGCCAGGUGAAAAGAAGCUCACUGGAGGAUCUAACUGGCAACCAAAGGUUGCACCAACAACUGCGUGGAAUGCUGCGACAAUGAAUGGCAUGCAUUUUCCACAAUACGCCCCCCCUGUAAUGGCCUAUCCUGCUACUACACCAACAGGCAUGAUAGGAUAUGGAAUCCCUCCUCAAAUGGGAAGUGUACCUGUAAUGACACAACCAAGCUUAAUAUACAGCCAACCUGUCAUGAGACCACCAAACCCUUUUGGCCCUGUAUCAGGAGCACAGCUGUCGGCAGCCUCCAGCCCCUCCAGUCACAGUCCUCACAGAGCUUCAGGAAAGGACCCUUUUGCAGAGCUCUCUUUGGAGGAUUUCUUAUAAAUCACUUUAGAUACAGUUUAUGUAACUAGAUGGAAGAGAAUGGAAUUAUUCCAAAAAGACAAAGUGCUCAAGCGGCAAAUACUUACUUCCAGCAAAAUCCAAACUGCUGUCUCUUAAACUCUCUUCUUCCAUUAGAAUGCUACAGUAACCCAGUAAAGGCCCAUGAAGGAAACUGGGACUAGUCUAUAGGAGAACGUAUCAAUACAGUUUAUAAAGCCAAGAAAUACCAUGAUUUCAGACUAAGAGCUGUCUUUUUGGUGACUAACCCUUCAGUUCUUUCAACUCCUAUUAAUACCCAUAAUCAGUAACCUACCAAGAAAAGCCCUUAUUUGGAAAGUGUGAAAUUUGUAUUUGGAAAAGCUGCCUGGAGAGAAGAGCUGUGUCCUUUACGCUAAUGCACCAGGACUCUUGGGGGGAUCAAAUCAUAAUUCUUCAUUAUGCAGUAUCUUUCUUUUCUCCAGUCCUCACAGAUACAGAAACAGUAACUAAAAUUAACUUUUCUUUAAAAAAAAAAAAAAUUAUAUAUUCAGUUUGCAGUAGACAUUCCUUAAGUAUUUGUAUUUAUUUAUGAUUAUCAAUUUACGUAACAUUAAUAUUGUAUCAAACCUCCUUAUGAAAAUGAGUAUGGAUGUACACAGUAUGUGUGAUUGUUAUCCAUAAGAAUGAACCUGAUUCAGAAUGCUUCUCAGCUGACAUACAGAGCACUAAAUAUUUUAAGGCAAGUCCAUAGGUCUGAAUCGCUUAAGAAUUCUCAGUCUCUAUGGGAUUUAGGGAAGCAUUAUAAAUGCAUUAAUCCUUAUAGUCAAUUCUGUGCCUAGGAUUUUGCAAGGGAACAGUUCACUGAACUAGGAAAAGCACUACAUUUUAAAUUCAGCAUUAGUGCAUUGGGAAGGAACUUUACUGCUUUGUGCUUGGCAUGUCAUUAUUUUCCAUUUGACAUUAGGGCCUUUCCAAAAUGAAUGUGAGGAAUUGCUUUCACUUCAAGACUUUCCUUCUUUUCAGUAAAACUCUAGGAGGUGUUAUAGGGGGAGGGGAGGGGACAAAAUCCUUGAACUUUUAUUUGGCUCAUGCCAUGUUAUGAUCAUGUACCUUUUAAAUAAGGGGAAAUAGUAUCUUUAAAAUUAAUGUCUAGCCAAGAGUUUAGUUAAUGAAGAAUUAAACUGCACUGUUGAUCGGUGCUUUGUGUAAAUACAUCUUAACAUUUGGGUUGAGAGGGGCCUUAAGAAGGACAGUUUGUUGUCGGAAAGCAAUUCUGUACAUGAGUUUAAGCAUACUUGUUGCAUUGUCUCUGCAGAUUCUAUUUUUGUUUACAAUAUUAAAAUGUAUGUUAGCAAAAAUGGGUGGAUUUUCAAAUAAAAUGCAGCUUCCACAAAACUUUUGUUAUGGUAUUCUGGUCUGAGGCGCAUUUUCUUUUUUCCGUUUUUCUUUAUCAUUGGUAUUAUUAUUUUUUGCUAAUAAAAGUAUAUCCCAGUGAUUAUAUUUGAUGAUUUAAUAAAAUGUAAAAUUUAUUUCUGUUUUAACUUAAUUUCCAAAAAGCUUUAUCUUUGUACUUUUGUUACCUUCUAGACAUUGAUACGCUGAACUAUUUAUUAAAAUUGUUCAUUUUUGCAUUUUGAUCAGAUGCCUUCAGUCAGGUAAGUUUAAGGGAGAAAAUGCUGUGAAUUUGACGUAUUGAUGCAUGUGAUCUGUCUGCCAUAAAAGUCUCUGACUGUAUCGUGUUUCGUAGUGAAUAGUAAGUAGGAUUCAGAAUACAUGGUAGAGGGACCAAAAGCUUUGCAUUGAUAAAUGUGUCUGCAUACUAUUUGCCAUGGUUGGAAAAAAUAGUCUUUAACCGAUACACUUUGUGAAUAUUACCACUUUUUUAAGUUUCACUGUUAUUAAACCAUUUUCAUACAAACUGGAAAA